CAUUCUUUCAGGACAAAGGAUGAACACACCCACAUAACAGCGUCUUCAGAGGUCCAACAAAAAGGAGUCUGGAGCUAUUGUGAAGCGUCAUUAUCCAUCUGAAGAACCUGCACUAACUAGUACAAGCUGGGAGUUUUCACAAGCUGGAAACAGCGAGACUAGUUGAAAUGAUGGCAGAUCAUGGAAACCUUUGCAAUGGGCAGGAAGCCACCUACUGCAUGAAUGGAGGGACAUGCUAUAAUAUACCUUCCAUGAACACACUCUCCUGUGUGUGCAAUGAAAAUUACAAAGGCAGCCGAUGUGAGCAUUUCCAACUCUUCAGCAGUUCCACCAAUGCAGAGGAAGCAGGGUUAAUUGCAGCCGUGAUCAUUUUUGCACUCCUCAUCUUAGUGGUGCUGGCAAUUGUUAUCUACUACAUACACAAGAUGUUGAAAGAAAAGCAACAGAGCAAACAGAACAAUCCGCAACAGUAUUGAAGAGUAAAACCCAGAGUAUGAGUUUGUGAUGCACAUUUAUUUUUCUUUCGGCUGUGUGUUGAGUGGGAUGAAAAACUCAUUAAUAAUAAUUCGCAGAGAUAAGUGUCA